CACAAAACCGCAUUUUUAAAGCAACUCUUCUCAGGCACCGCGAAAAAACCCAGCUGGAACCCUGUCCUCAACCUGUGCGCUCUGCCCCCCAAAGAUGCCUCGCUCCUUCCUGGUGAAGAGUAAGAAGGCGCACAGCUACCACCAGCCACGGACUUUAGAAGAUGAUUACAGCAAGUUGGACACUAUACUGGCGCACAUAUGCUCAGAUACGGAUAAGCUCCCGGAAGAGGAGGUCGACCUAUCGGCGGACAGGUACGGCCUCUCUCCGGACUCCCACCCGGGCGACGCUGCUGACUUCUCCCCCAGCUCUCCGCUGAGCAGCGCCGACAGUUUGUGCCCUCGCUCCCCGGACUACGAUGACUUCUGGCGGCCUCCGUCCCCAUCUGCGUCGCCUGUUGACUCUGAGGAGUUGCUGUCUCCUUUGGUGGAUGAAUCGCAGCCCUUCACCGUUCCUUUCCGGCCGUAUGCCUGGAGCGGCUACCCGGUGCCGGAGCUGGAGCUGCAGAGGCCCCUGGCGCAGCAGAGCCUCCAUCGCGGCCUAGAGGUGGACACAAGCCCGGCAAUGAUGGCGCUCUACGCGGACAGAAGCGGCCAGCCGGCAGUGUUUGCAGAGCGGGCUCUAGCAGGGAAACCUUACGGAGACUACAAGAGGCACGCUGCCGCUUUGCUCUUCCCAGAGGCGGGCCUACACCGGAAGACGCCGGAUGGGAAGGCCCGGCCUGACCUGCUCUGUCCCAGCCUCAUACUCAACGGGGCUUACAAGUGUAUCAAGUGCGGUAAGGUUUUUUCAACCCCGCACGGGUUGGAGGUCCACGUCCGCAGAUCGCACAGCGGCACGAGGCCUUUCGCGUGCGAAAUUUGCGGCAAAACGUUCGGCCACGCCGUGAGUCUGGAGCAACACAAAGCCGUGCACUCUCAGGAGAGAAGCUUCGACUGCAAAAUUUGCGGCAAAAGUUUUAAGCGCUCCUCCACGCUAUCCACGCAUCUGCUCAUCCACUCGGAUACUCGGCCCUACCCGUGCCAGUACUGCGGGAAGAGGUUCCACCAGAAGUCCGACAUGAAGAAACACACCUUCAUCCACACAGGCGAGAAGCCACACAAAUGCCAGGUUUGCGGGAAGGCGUUCAGCCAGAGCUCCAACCUGAUCACGCAUAGCAGGAAGCACACCGGAUAUAAACCGUUCGGCUGCGACCUGUGCGGGAAAGGCUUCCAGAGGAAGGUGGACCUGAGGAGACACACAGAGAUGCUGCACGGACUGAAAUGAGACAGAAAACAGCUGCAGGCACUGGAAGCAGCUUUCUGAAUCACCGAUCUUCAUUCUGGAAACGAAGGAGGCCGAUCUGGACCAUAACAGAGGAGGAAAACAAAUAUACAUAUGUUUGGAUCAAGAUACACUUUGUUCAAUUGUUUUAACUCUUAAAAAUAACCAGAAAGACCGUUUAAGCCCCGUUGACGAAUUUUCUUUUAUUAUUAGAAUUUGUAUUAUUUAUGGCUGCCGUGAAAAGACACGAGGAACACUAAUGACAGCAUCCUUCCGCGCAUUUUAUUGAAAAAAAAAAAAAAAGUUACAAAAGCCAGAAAUAAGCUGUGGUCUGUGGAGGGAAAAUAGAAAGAAAAGUCGCAGAUGUGUUCAGAGAAAGCAUGAUUUUAAUAACUAUGUAAAACGGACAAUAAAGGCACCUGAUAAAAAUCUGCGCUUUCUGCAGAGGCUGGUGUUGUUUUCAGCUGGCGGUGAUGUGGGCAAAACAAGCUGCUGUUUCUCUGUCUGUCUGUCUGUCUGUCUGUCUGUCUGUCUGUCUGUCUGUCUGUCUGUGUGAUUUAACUGCCUCACUGCCCCAGCUGCAGGGACCAGCUCCUUAUAAAUCACAUCCUGCUGUCAAUAAAUGUGCCUUCAAUGCUAAAAUGACCUUAAAUAAAAUUUUGUUAAAGAAGG